AUGAUUGCAAGGGAAGGUGAAGGCUGUUAUGGUGCCAUGCUGAACUCGUUCACUACAUCGAUGAAAGCUGAUCUGGACAGUCCUGUCACAUCCAAUUUUGGAAAUCGUGUAAUGGAAUAUCGAGCUGAUGCGCAGCGAAUAGUUGAAGAAACUGAAAGUCAUAUAGUCGAUAUGGAGAGAUUGCGUAAAAUCGGAAAAGAUGUCGAAGAAGCAUUAUCUAGUUUAUCCAAACAUUUUGUGGCAUUUGGACAAGCAGCUAAAGAAAUUGCCACGAAAUGGACUUCAAAAUCAGAGUCUCAAUAUGAUUCAGAUGUAGCAGUCGUUCUUAUGAAGAUGGAGUGUUAUAUUAAGGAUGAAGUUGAUUUGACGAAUAUGCAAAUGCACAACUGGCAAGGUAAUAUUGUCAGUCCAUUGCAAACAUUAGUGGAAAAUGGACGUGAAAUCCGCAAUCGUGGUGUGGAGCGUUCAUGCCGAGAUUAUGAAAAUAAGUAUGUAAAAGCCGAAGCUGAUGCCAGAAAACAUGCCAAACAUGCUGGUUAUACUAGAGGCCAACUAGGUCAUGGUGAACUAGCAGAGCAGUUGGCUAGAGAAAGACUUAUGGUUCAAUAUGAGUUGUGCAAAUUUUUGAUGUCUGUCGAUGCAGUAGAAGAUCGACGUGGUCCCCAAUUACUUCGACACUUUAUGGAACUUGUUCGUAAUCAGAAUUCGAUUGGUAUUUCUAGGUACUAUGUUAACCGGAUUAAGGUGAAUGAAGAUUUUCGGCAUGACAUGUCAAAAUUAGAAGAACGAAUGAUGGCACGGAAUGCAAAUCGGUGUGCUCAAAGAAAUUUACUUUGGGAUCUGAAAAGCCAGCUGGAAGGAAAUGAAGAGUUCUCACGUUCUAUAUCAGGACGUCGUUCAUGCGGACGGGACUCAGUAAAUCGUGGCAGCCGUUUAUCGGGUAUCAAUUUAAUUAGCGCCAGCAAUGCACUGUCAACUGAAAAUGACUCACUUAGCGAAUUGGCAACAAGUACAGCAUUCUUUCCUGAUCUUGAUUUCACUCAAUCUGGUUAUUUGUAUAAGAAAAGUACGAAGAAAUUGCACAAACAAUGGCAAAAACGUCGCUGUCGAAUAGAAGAUGGCCAUUUUUGGCUUUCGCAUUCCGAUGAAACCAUACCACCGACAAAAUUAAAUCUGCUUGUUUCGGAUUGUAAGCCUUCGGUGGAUGAUUCAAAAGCAUUUGAUUUGUAUUGCCGAGAAAGAACAUAUCAUUUGCAGGCUGAUUCAGAAACAGAUGCUAAACGAUGGAUUUUGGCACUGAAGCGUGAAAUAACGAGAGUGAAAGCUAAAAUGCUAUCUGCUGAAACACCUCAGGGAAAUGAAGGCAAUGGUAGUGGACUUUCAGAAAUGUAUGAAAGAAAGUUGCGUGUUGCAAAAGUUCAGCAACUUCCGGGUAACAACGUGUGUGCAGAUUGUUCAUCAAAAGAAGAUGUGCAGUGGUUAUCCAAUCUUGGUGCAUUAGUAUGUAUUGCUUGUAGUGGUGUGCAUCGGGAAUUAGGCGUUCAUGUUAGCAGAAUACAAUCUCUAAAUCUAGAUGUUAUCUCACCGAUUGAAUUCCUUGUACCUCUUUCCUCAGGUAAUCAUAUGAUCAAUCGGUUGUUUGAAUAUGAUAUUACGAAAUUUGAUCGUCAGCGCUUCAUUCAAAUGAAAUAUCGUGACCAUGCUUUUGUACAGAAACUAGAUGAUCCCGAUACAUCCCUUACGGAAGCAUUCGGUGAUCGUGAUUUUGAAAAUGCGUAUAAGGCUCUUCUUAGUCCAGAAUUGACAAAAAAGCCAUUUUUAUUAAAUGGGCCGUUUCAUCAAAUGAUUCUUCGUGGUGCUUCGUUUUCAUUGCCUCUUGCCGAUUUAGUGAUGCAGUUAAGAAUUGAGGUCCCUGAUAUGGAAGCGAUAAUGAUGGAUAGCAUUCGAUUAGGUCAUGCCGAUAUGGUGGCAGUUUUAUUGCGAUAUCGAUCUCUUAGUUCAGCUGUUCAUGGCAUACAUUUACAUUCUCUUAUUGCUUACGCUAAGAAAGUUGAUCAAAAAAAAAUAGUUGAAAUGGUAUACUUUGCAACUUAUUAA